AUGAGUCCUUUCGGCGACAUGACCAACAAAGGAGGCGAAACCAGAAAAGAGAUUCGUUUAGCAAAGAAGGGCAACAUACAUGAUCUCCAGCAAUAUCGAGCUAAGCGUUUCUACAAGUAUAUUAGGGAACUCAUUCCAUUCCGAGCGAUUGUCCAAGUAGAACAGAAUUUGCGAAAAUGGGUUCAAAAAGAGAUACACUUGACCCAAAAAAACAAAGGUCAAUCCAGCGACGAUCAGAUAUUACAGAAACAGCUUUCUGAAAUAAACGAGCAGUAUUGGCUCAAUGAGCGGGAAUGGUGGAAAUGGCGGGAUUCAUUCACUGAGGGACCUCUCACAAGAGGCUUCGAUCUGUGGCGUUCACACCAAAGGUGGUACCUACAUCGCAGUCUUAUUGAGGAUUGUUCGGCCACUGCACUGUUGAAUGUGGAUGUUGCCAUAAAGCUCGGGGAGGUGAGCUCUCCAAAGAAAGGGAAACAGAUAAUGGAGAAGAUCUUCCCAUUGGAUGGCAACACAAAAAGGGUUAUGCAACUCGAACGAGUUUCUAUAUGGGGGCUACUUGAUGGUAAUAAAGAAAGCCCCUUUGAUCUGAUAGAUGAGCCACCGAUCUAUGAAAAGAGUCAGUUGAAGAGCAGAAAAUCGGACUGA